AUGGCCAGCCAUUACUACUCCUAUGGACAAAAUCACGAGGAGCUGAGGAUUGUGAUGGUGGGGAAGACUGGAGUUGGAAAGAGUGCCUCUGGAAACACCAUCCUGGGAAGACGAUGCUUUGAAUCAAAGUUCAGUGCUAAGUCUAUGACUGUAGACUGUUCUAAGGGCAGAGGUGAGGUGUUUGGACAACAGAUUGCUGUUAUUGACACCCCAGGCUUGUUUGACACCAGGUUUGGCAUGGAUAGAACAACUAAAGAUGUGACCCAGUGCAUCACUUAUGCUGCUCCUGGACCCCAUGUCUUCCUGGUGGUCAUCAGACUGGGAAGAUACACUGAAGAAGAAAUGAAGACGGUGCAGAAGAUUCAAGAAAUCUUUGGUCAGGCUGCAGACAGAUACAGCAUGGUGCUCUUUACUGGUGGUGAUCUUCUUGUAGAUACCACUAUUGAAGAGUUCUUGGGUGAAAGUUCAGACCUGCAAGAACUUGUAGCCAGAUGUAAUGGCCAAUAUCAUGUCUUCAAUAAUCAGCUGAAAGAUGGAGCUCAGGUCACUGAGCUGCUCCAGAAGAUCAGAAACAUAGUCCAGAAGAACGGAGGAAACCACUACACCAACCAGAUGUUCCAAGACGCUGAGAGGAAAAUCAAGGAGGAGAAACAACGCAUCCUCAGAGAGAAAGAAAAACAAAUACGCAGAGAACAAAAAGAACAGGAGAGAAAAUUACAGGAAAAAUAUGAGAAACAGAUGGAGAGAAUGCAUGCCCGACUCCAGGCUGAGAGAGAGAGGGAGAUGAGAGAGAGAGAGGAGGAAAGGAGGAGGGAAAGGGAGGAGAGGGAGAGGGAGAGGGAAAGAGAGAGGCAGGAAAGAGAAGCCGCAAGGGAGAGAGAGAGAGAGGAGAGAGAGAGAGAAAUUGCAAAUAUGCAGAGACAUUUAGAGGAAGAACGUGAAAGAGAACUGGAAGAGGAAAGAGAAAGACUGAGAAGGCAAAGACAGCCGCAGGACGACGAUGAUGAUUGUACAAUUCUCUGA